UCUUGGGCAGCAGCUGGGCUGGCUGCCGCCGCUGCAUUUCUCCCCAGGAAGUGUCUCCCUUUCCCUAUUUUUGUUUCUCCCACACUUUCUAGUUCAUCCUCUAAGUUUCAAGCCUUGCGUAUUUACGGUAUUUAUUUAGCUAUUUGUUUUAAAACCAGCUCUCUCUCGGGACCCCUGGCCUGGGGGAAGCCCCCAGACUUGUUACUAACAAGUCUUGUCUAGGGAGUGAGUUUGUUCGAUUUUGGGGGGAAGGGGGCGUGGGGUUGCUGGCAGGUGACCCCCCCCCUCAGGAGGGGGCUGCCGGGGCUGGCGUCUUCUCCCGGCUACUGCUUCUAGUGCACCCGGCCCUGGACGGAACCCCAGUUGGCAUUCCGCUGAGCUCCUUCCCUCUCAGCUAUCCCCCUACAAUGGAUGGUCCAAGAGAGAAAGACUCUGCCUUGCUUAUCUCCGUCUCCACAGCUCUGCUAAAGAGGGGCGUGCAAUGUUUGUGGCGAAAUGCUCCGGUAGACCCAAAGAGUGUCUCUUCCUGGCCAAGAAAUGCUUGUCCCCAAGCACAAGAGAGCUGUGGCCAGCCUCCGAGGGAACACUGUGCCCUGCCUUCUCUGGAUGCUGCUGCUAUGGAGUGGGGACAGUGGCUGUCAGGCCCAGAGGGCAGGUUGCAAAACUGUCCACUAUGAUCUGGUCUUCCUCUUGGACACCUCCUCCAGCGUGGGCCAGGUGGACUUUGAGAAGGUCCAGCAGUGGGUGGCCAACCUGGUGGACACCUUCGAGGUGGGCGCCGAUCACACCCGCGUGGGGGUCGUACGCUACAGCGACCAGCCGACAACGGCCUUUGAGCUGGGCCACUUCAGGUCACGGGAGGCAGUCAAAGUGGCUGCGCGGCGCCUGGCCUACCAUGGCGGCAACACCAACACAGGGGAUGCUCUGCGGUAUAUCACCCGUCACAGCUUCUCCCCGCAGGCCGGCGGCCGCCCCGGGGACCGCGCCUUCAAGCAGGUGGUCAUCCUCCUGACUGAUGGCCGCAGCCAGGACCUGGUCCUGGACGCCGCGGCCGCAGCCCACCGUGCGGGCAUCCGCAUCUUUGCCGUGGGCGUCGGGGAGGCGCUGAAGGAGGAGCUGGAGGAGAUCGCCUCGGAGCCUAAGUCGGCCCACAUCUUCCACGUGUCUGACUUCAAUGCCAUCGACAAGAUCCGGGGCAAGCUGAGGCGCCGCCUGUGUGAAAAUGUGCUUUGCCCCAGCGUCCGUGUGGAGGGAGAUCGCUUCAAGCACAUUAAUGGCGGAACCAAGGAGAUCACAGGUUUUGACCUGAUGGACUUGUUCAGUGUGAAGGAGAUCCUGGGCAAGAGAGAGAAUGGAGCGCAGAGUUCCUAUGUCCGGAUGGGAGCCUUCCCCGUGGUGCAGAGGACCGAGGAUGUGUUCCCACAAGGUUUGCCUGAUGAGUACGCCUUUGUCACAACCUUCCGGUUCAGGAAAACAUCUCGGAAAGAAGACUGGUACAUCUGGCAGGUCAUCGACCAGUACGGCAUCCCGCAGGUGUCCAUUCGGUUGGACGGUGAGAACAAGGCAGUCGAGUACAACGCCGUGGGCGCCAUGAAGGAUGCUGUCAGAGUGGUUUUCCGCGGUCCCCUGGUCAACGACCUCUUUGACCGGGACUGGCACAAGAUUGCCCUGAGCAUCCAGGCCCAGAACGUCUCCCUCUAUGUCGACUGUGCGCUGGUGCAGACGCUGCCCAUCGAGGAGAGGGAGAACAUCGACAUCCAGGGGAAGACUGUGAUCGGCAAGCGCCUCUAUGACAGCGUGCCCAUCGAUUUUGAUCUACAGCGGAUCGUGAUUUACUGUGACUCCCGACACUCAGAAUUGGAGACUUGUUGUGACAUCCCCUCGGGCCCGUGCCAGGUGACAGUGUUGAGAGAGCCUUCACCCCCGCCGCUACAACCUCCCACCGCCGGCAGUGAGCAGAUCGGGUAUUUGAAGACAAUCAACUGCUCCUGCCCAGCUGGAGAAAAGGGUGAAAAGGGCUCUGAUGGCCCCGCGGGGCUCCCCGGCCCAAAGGGAGACAUGGGAGCCACUGGGCUGGUUGGAGCUCCUGGACCCAAGGGAGAGAAAGGCGACGUGGGCAGAGGGCCUUUCGUCCAAGGAGAAAAGGGCGAAAAGGGUUCCCUGGGCCCACCUGGUCCCCCUGGGAGAGACGGCAGCAAAGGCAUGCGGGGGGAGCCAGGAGAGCCGGGGCUACCUGGAGAGGUGGGCAUGCGGGGAUCCCAAGGACCACCUGGGCUUCCCGGACCUCCCGGCCAUGUUGGAGCUCCUGGUCUCCAAGGAGAACGAGGUGAAAAGGGAGCCCGAGGAGAAAAGGGGGAGCGAGGUCUGGAUGGAUUCCCCGGGAAGCAGGGAGAGACAGGAGAGCAGGGAAGACCUGGCCCUCCCGGUGCAGCGGGGCCCCAGGGAGAGAAGGGUGAUGUGGGGCCUGCAGGACCUCCUGGUGUACCAGGCUCUGUGGUGCAGAGAGAAGGCCUGAAGGGUGAGCAGGGAGCUCCAGGACUACGAGGUCACCAGGGUCCACCUGGGCCCCCAGGAGCUCCAGGUCCAACGGGUCCAGAAGGCAAGGAGGGACCUCCUGGUUUGCAAGGUCUCCGAGGGAAGAAAGGUGAAGUGGGCCCGUCUGGACUCCCUGGACCACUGGGGCUGCAGGGCCCUCCAGGACCACCGGGAGUCCCAGGACCCCCUGGACCCGGAGGCCCCCCGGGUUUACCUGGAGAGAUCGGCUUCCCGGGAAAACCUGGGUUCCCUGGGCAGGCGGGGCCGCCUGGAAAGGAUGGGCUGAAUGGACCCCCAGGCCUGCCAGGACCCAAGGGAGAGCCAGGAGAAAGAGGAGAAGAUGGUCUGCCGGGAAAACCUGGGCUUCGGGGUGAAGUUGGGGAGCAGGGCCUGGCAGGCCGACCUGGAGAGAAGGGAGAGGCCGGGCUCCCUGGUGCUCCAGGAUUCCCAGGCGUGAGGGGAGAGAAAGGAGAGCAAGGAGAGAAAGGUGAACUGGGCCUCCCAGGACUGAAAGGUGACCGAGGGGAAAAGGGUGAAGCUGGUCCAGCAGGACCCCCUGGAUUACCUGGAACUACAUCCCUGUUCACCCCACACCCAAGAGUGCCAGGAGAACAAGGGCCAAAAGGAGAGAAGGGUGACCCCGGCGUGCCUGGGGAACCGGGAUCACCGGGCCGUCCUGGAGAAUUAGGGCCUCGGGGGCCCACUGGACCGCCGGGUGCCAAGGGACAAGAAGGUGCACAUGGGGUGCCCGGACCAACUGGAAACCCUGGCGCUCCUGGACCUGUGGGUUCCCCUGGUCCCAGUGGCCCCCCAGGAAGUGUGGGCCCCCCUGGCGUCAGAGGCCCCCCUGGGAAAGAUGGGGAGCGGGGUGAGAAGGGAGCAGCAGGUGAAGAAGGGAGCCCAGGGCCAGCUGGGCUCAGGGGCGAUCCUGGUGCUCCGGGGCUCCCUGGGCCACCCGGAAAAGGGAAAGAUGGAGACCCGGGACUUCGUGGGCCACCUGGAUUACCUGGACCUCUAGGAAGCAAGGGGGACCGAGGUGCACCUGGGAUACCUGGCUCUCCCGGCAACCGUGGCGACCCAGGCAUUGGGGUUGCUGGCCCUCCUGGCCCUUCUGGACCACCGGGAGACAAAGGACCUCCGGGGUCUCGAGGCUUACCUGGAUUCCCCGGCCCCCAGGGACCAGCUGGCCAGGAUGGUCUACCAGGAAAUCCAGGAGAAAGAGGACCUCCUGGUAAACCAGGCCCCUCUCCAUUCCUGUCUCCAGGGGACAUCAAUCUCUUGGUUAAGGAUGUGUGCAAUGACUGCCCUCCAGGCCCCCCAGGCCUCCCUGGUCUGCCAGGUUUUAAAGGGGACAAAGGUCUCCCAGGAAAGCCAGGGAGAGAAGGCCCAGAAGGGAAAAAGGGAGAUGCUGGUCUCAGAGGCCUCCCAGGGGCCCCCGGAGUAGCCGGCCCACAGGGAAGUAAAGGAGAGCGUGGUGCUGACGGUGAGGUUGGACAGAAAGGUGAUCAGGGUCACCCUGGAGUUCCAGGUUUCAUGGGGCCCCCAGGGAACCCUGGGCCACCAGGAGCAGGUGGAAUUGCAGGAGCUGCUGGACCACCAGGAAUCCAAGGACCACCGGGAAAAGAAGGUCCUCCUGGCCCCCAAGGCCCAUCUGGAUUACCUGGAAUCCCAGGAGAAGAAGGCAAAGAGGGCAGAGAUGGGAAACCAGGUCCCCCUGGAGAGCCGGGCAAAGCAGGAGAGCCGGGUCUGCCAGGACCUGAGGGAGCCCGAGGUCCCCCCGGCUUCAAGGGCCAUACAGGCGAUUCUGGUGCACCUGGUCCCCGGGGAGAGCCUGGUGCCAUGGGGCCCCCUGGCCAGGAAGGGUUACCAGGAAAAGAUGGUGACAUUGGACCCACAGGGCCACAGGGUCCCCAAGGAUUGAGGGGCCUACCGGGUAAGAAUGGAUCACCUGGAUCUCCAGGGGACCCUGGAACCCCAGGAAGCCCAGGCCAGAAGGGAAACAAAGGAGAAAAUGGCAGCCCAGGGCUCCCCGGCUUCCUGGGUCCCCGUGGUCCUUCGGGAGAGCCAGGAGAGAAAGGAGUCCCAGGCAAGGAGGGUGUUCCUGGGAGGCCCGGAGAAGCAGGACCCAAAGGAGAAAGGGGAGAUCCCGGGGUCAAAGGUGACAAGGGAGCUCCUGGUGGGAAGGGUCAGCCAGGGGACCCUGGGAUUCCAGGCCACAAAGGCCACACAGGCCUGACGGGCCCCCAAGGACCACCUGGAGAGAACGGACCGGCUGGACCCCCGGGGCCUCCAGGCCAGCCAGGAUUUCCAGGACUGAGGGGGGAAUCUCCAUCGCUGGACACACUUCGGCGGCUCAUCCAAGAAGAACUCAGCAAACAGCUGGAAACCAAACUCGCCUACCUCCUGGCCCAGAUGCCCCCAGCGCAUGUGAAGGCAUCUCAAGGCAGACCUGGGCCCCCAGGACCCCCUGGAAAAGAUGGGCUUCCGGGCCGGGCGGGCCUGAUGGGGGAGCCAGGACGGCCCGGGCAGGUGGGUCUGGAAGGACCCUCUGGACCAAUAGGUCCGAAAGGGGAGCGAGGAGCCAAAGGUGACCCGGGUGCACCUGGAGUUGGCCUCCGAGGCGAGAUGGGGCCUCCUGGGAUCCCAGGUCAACCCGGGGAACCUGGCUAUGCUAAAGAUGGGCUUCCUGGGCAUCCCGGCCCUCAAGGGGAGACAGGACCAGCUGGACAUCCUGGGCCCCCUGGCCCACCUGGACCCCCUGGCCAGUGUGACCCCUCUCAGUGUGCCUACUUUGCCAACCUCGCUGCCCGACCUGGUAAUGUGAAGGGCCCCUAGAAGAUUCUGGAACACCAGGAGAUGGCAGUGGAUUUCUGAAACUUGAACUCAGAGCCUGAUGGGAAGCCAGAGGUCUUGAAACACUUCAGCCAUGUGUUUUUUCUUUCUUUUAUCAUUUGCUUUUGUUUAUUUUCUUGAGAGACCUCAAAAUUAUUAAAACCAACAGAUGCUGCCGGUCGGUCAGAUUAUUAUUAAUAUUAUUAUUAUUGUUAAUUAUUAUUAUUAUUAUUUCCUAUGAUAAUGCUUUGUGAGAUUUUUCCCCUCUCCUCUCAAGUUGGGAAAACUUGAUUUGUGGGACAGUGCAUUGUUUUUCUCAGUUCUUCUGACAGCCCCCGAUCUGAAGUGUAGCUGCCCACUUUAAGAAAACUCUUGGUGCUAUGAAACACUGACCAGACACUUGCCAACUUGACCUCUUUCCUCAAAAGGAAACUUUAAGAAAAUGCAAAGAGUUACUAUUAUUGGUCGUGCCCAGAAGUCACCCAGGGUGAAACUAUCCAGAAGUCACCACUUCCCAGGAGAGACAAGUGAAGCAGGAAGAGAAAGAAUUUGCAGACAUGAAGAAUAUUUGCGCCUCCUGAUGGAAAGUGCACACAAAGAGGACACAGUUGGUCCUUUGGGAGCAAAUGUGGCCACCUUGGUGUUUCAAGCUUACAGAAGUGAAAUAAUAGCACUUGGGUUGGCAAAGCUUCAUGGAAUCCUGUGUCUAGGCCAAAGAUGGGGAAGCUGGUAUGGAGAAAGCACCCCUGAGAGUUAAUUUGGCUUCUAAGCUUUGGAUAGGACUCCUUAAAGCUCCUCACUGUGGUUUCACUCACUUUAAUUGUAAAAUAAGGGGUCUGGUGACCACUCCCAUGUUUUCCUGAUGGUGGGCAAUCGGCUAGGGCACUGGCCAGAAUUGGCAAAUCUGUGCCUCCAGGAUUCUGCCUCUGAAAUAAAUUGCAUUGAGCGUAUGUGUGCAUGUGACAUGCCUGGCAUGAAAAGGUGC